UAUAAACCCCACCCACUAUAACCCCCACCCUGACAGACAGUUCAUUGGCUCACUGGGAGACUCACUGAGACUCUGCUGCUGAAAUUCCCAAAGGAAUAAAAACCAGGAAACAAUCGCCCGGACUGUGAGUGGAAUCUUAGUGCAGAGGAUGGCGCAGGGGCGGGACUUACUCAGCCUAUCAGAGCUGUGCUUGCAGAACAUUGCAGAGAACAUGCAGAGCCUGUGGCUGAAGGAUUAUACAGAGAAAUACCUGGAGGAAUAUCACUUUAUGUACAUAGAGGGGCCCUUCAACCAACUCUCCGGUGUGAUGGUGCAGGAGCUGCUGAGGAUUCUGGGAGAAUCUCACAAGUUGAAUAAGGCCGGCCUCCACCUUUUACUGCAGCCUCACCUGACUGAACUGAGUCUCCGCCCCUGUGCAGGAUUGGUCAGUAAUGCCAUAACCCACCUGAUUACCAGACGCUGCAAGAUUCUCACGUCUCUGGAUCUGCACUCCUGUAGUCGGGUUCCCGCUGCUUCGUUGGUUCAGCUCAUUGAGGGGUUGCCCCGCCUGACGAAGCUUUGCUUGGCCGAUACUCAGAGUGACACCAAUGUGCUGUUGGCAGUUGGGACUGGCUGCCAGAGGCUGAGGGAACUGGAUGUCUCUCACUGUAAGAAACUGAGUGCCACGUCCCUGCCCCACCUGGUGUACAGCACUAAACAUGGUACGUUCCAGUGCGGGGGUCUGCGGGUGCUGCUCAUGCAGGGUAUGAAGCAACAUCACGUGCCCGAGCAGUGGGUAAAUGCCCUGUGCUUCCUGCUGUUGGCAGUGCCCUCCCUAGAGCAAGUCUCUAACCCCGCCUUGUCCCAAGCCCUGAAGUUGCUCCGAGCCAAUCAGUUCAGCACAAUCACCGUGGAUGGAUUCCCCUCACUGGGGGAGGUGGUACGUGCCAGGACAUUGGCACACAAGGGCUGUAAUGGGAUUCUGUGCCCCUCGGGGGCGGAGCCUUUUCUGCAGUUGAAGAAGUUGGAUGAUAUUGAGGAAGAAGAUUUGGAGAUAGUGGGGUCCCUGUGCCCCCAGGUGAAGGAAGUGGCAAUUUCACUUGGCAGUCUGGGGGGCAGGAGUGGGAACACUGUACCCUGGAAUCACAUCACUCACCUGACACUGCACUGCCCGGGACAAGCACUGAGGAGGCUGGAGGAGCUGAUUCCGACCCUGGAGGGGGUGGGCAAGGAACUACUUUUCCUCUCUAUCCAGAAUGUUGUGUGGGGGGAGGGGCAGUCACUGGAUUCCCUGCUGAGACUCUGCCCAAAUCUGCGCUCCUUCCACUGCCACCUCACCUCGUCUGCCCACCCCAUGUAUAAUAUUCAGCUUGCCCCCUGGGCUGACAAUCUGCGCCCUAUACCCCUCCCCCACCUGCACAGCUUCUCCCUGCUCCUGGAAGGGGGGGACCCCAUAUCCACUGGCUUCCAACACACGCUGGGGGGCACCUUAGUGUCGCUCUUUUGUGGGAGCCCCAAACUGGAGACUCUAUCAUUAUGGGGGGUCCCUGUAGAGCUGGACAUGGUGUUUGAGACGGUCCUCUCUCUGGGGCCCCCAGUGCCUCUCUGCAGCUUGCGGGGGGUGUCCCUGUGUCGGAGUCAAGUCACCCAGUGGGGGGCCCUCCUGCUGCUGAGGUCAAACAAUCAUCUGACCUCCCUUGACCUGUCUGACUGCCCCCAUGUCACCCGCAGGGACUUCCACAAGCUCCAGGACUCUGCCCGCACCCACAAGCUCCGCCUCUCCAUUAGCUGGCGCUGACCUCAUGCCCUGAGUAUGGGGGACCCAUUUUCACAUGCACCUUCCUGUUGAGGACCCCCUUUAAAGAAGGACUUUCCUGUUGAGGACUGUCUUUCCAGAUGGACCUUCCUGCUGAGGACUCUCUUUCCAGAUGGACCUUCCUGCUGAGGACUCUCUUUCCAGAUGGACCUUCCUGCUGAGGACUCUCUUUCCAGAUGGACCUUCCUGUUGAGGACUGUCUUUCCAGAUGGACCUUCUUGUUGAGGACUCUCUUUCCAGAUGGACCUUCCUGUUGAGGACUCUCUUUCCAGAUGGACCUUCUUGUUGAGGACUGUCUUUCCAGAUGGACCUUCCUGUCACACAGCACUGGGCACAUGGCAGGGAUCAUUAACUGGCAGUGCCCUGGGCUAGGGGGUAGCACUUUAUAUAAAUCUCCUGCACUGUC